UAAGACGGUCGACGAUGACGACGUGCUGGACGGAUCAGGAAAGUCGUACCGCAAACGCAAUCUUAUUGCACCAUGACGGUUGCAUCGAAGGGACAGAUAUCUCACGGCUGAAAUUGCCUUGUGAGAUUGCCAUUCAUCGCGCGGCCUUCGGAUACGAAGCUUCCGCGGGAAAAACGAUCGCGCGUGGCGUGCACGUUUCAGUACGACGCCAACCGUCGCCGGGUGAGGAACAACUGUUGUCAUUAGUCGUACUCCGACGUAACUGGUCGAUUAACGAAGCUUACAUUCUUCGAUAAUUGAAUCCGACGUGCGACAGGAAAAUCAGAGGACAGAAAAGAUCGACGCCCUUCUGAGGAAACAGUAGCCAAACGAGCAAGAAAAUUGCGUUUAAGCAGAUAUCGAAUAUACGAAAAGGAAAAAUGCAGAACGUAUUUGAGGUCGACGAUAACGAUGUCAUUUAUAAAGAUGUUGUCAUCAUAGGAAAUGGGCCCAGCGGGAUAUGUCUAUCGUACAUGCUCGCCGGAAACUGGCCUUACUAUACCGGCGAGCCUCAUCCGGGCGAUGAUAUGCUGACAGCGCGACUGCGGUUCUGCACAAUCGGCAACGAGGAGUGCGGUGACACGCUAAACGAUACGAACAGUGAUGUAACCACCAACAGUCGUCGUCAGUGCUCCAAGUCUAGUGUCAGCAAAACGCAAGGAGGCGGAUUAGCGCGCAGUACACGCUGCAAACUCGAAUGUCUAUCCUCUGGCAUCGAGGGUAGAGGCGGCGGUCGACCGCUGGCUCUUCUCAUGGAUCAACUGCAACAUCCGUGCGUCGACGCCGGAUUCGAUGUGGCUUCGCUGCUCAAUUGGAUUUCCGCUGACGAGCAUCCCGAACACAGAAUCGUAGACCACGUUGUCCUUGGCAAAGGCCAACCGGGCGGUGCUUGGCAAUCUAUGGACCCCAAUGUACUAACUAUCAGUUUGAGCCGAUGGAUGUCACUUCCUGACUUGGAUUUAAGGCACUGGGAGAAACUCGUCGAAGUCGAACAGUUACAAAAGUCAGUUUUAGCCGCAGAAAGCGAUGUGUAUGCGCGGUUAGAAAAACUGAAUGUUUGUAAGGCGUCUAGUCGAGUUUCUAUGGGUACUGUGGCAGCUUAUUACAAGGACUACGUGCGCAGGAAAGGCUUGAAACAAUACUUCCGAUGUGGGACCACAGUUACUUCAGUAAGACCGAAUUCGGACUCGCCUGAGAGCAAAGGAGAAUAUAAUUGGAUUGUAGACGGUUACGAGAAUAAAAAUGGAAAACGAUUUCGGUAUCGAUGUAAAAGGGCGGUUCUUGCAACUGGUACGACUGAUUUAUCGAAUCAUCUUGGCAUCCUAGGGGAGAACACGAAUCGCAAAUGGGUGACACACGAUCUUAACGAUCUCGAGACUCGUUUAGGAUGUUUGGUCAGCGAGCACGGCAAAGAUUCGACCGAUAAACAGAUUCCACCCGUAUUAGUAAUUGGAGCAGGUCUAAGCGCAGCCGACGCGAUUAUGGCUGCACGCUUUCGAGGCAUACCUGUGUUGCACGCAUUCCGCAACUCGUUAAAUGAGUGGGGCAAACAGACCGCCGAGAGAAUAACUACCAGUUACGAUCGACUGCAAUGGCUACCGGAUUCCAUAUAUCCGGAGUAUCAUAAGGUGUACGAGAUGAUGGCUGACGGAGGUACAAAUUAUCCUUUGUACAAGUCUUUGCCAGGAUAUACACUCGUCAAUCUCUCUGAAAAUCACGAGCAUGGAAACAUAAGUGCGAAGAGGACAGUCACUCUUUCUGCUCCAAACGGUCAGCUGCACACGUUUCAAGUAUCUAUUGCAGCUAUUCUUAUCGGAUACAAACCAGACUUGUCAUACUUAGAAGAUAGCGGUAUAGGAUUGGGUAAAUUCACAGAUAAGCCGAUCGAUAGCAAAUCAAAUCCAAUUGAAAUCGAUGAUUUUACAUACGAGGUGAUUAAUGUACCGAUAAAAGGACUUUAUGCAUUAGGACCUCUAGUCGGUAACAACUUUGUUCGCUUUGUUUUGGGCGGUGCGCUUGGAAUUUUGGCGCAUAUUCUGUGCACCACAAACACCUGAGAAAUCUGACAGCGACUCGAUCGUACCUUAGUAAAAUUAUUUUAUAUAUAGACACAUUAACAAUGCCAUCGUGUGACUUCUGCUCAAUUCGUAGGGUAACUAUCGCUUAGUUCUUAACAUUUAUACCAAGAGAUUGCUGGGUAAAUGUCUUUGUACAUACUAUUAAAAUUAUUUUUAUAUUCUUUCUAUAUUAUACCCUUCGCGAGGAAAUGACCGAUUUUUAAAUGUAAUAACUAAUUGUUUCAUCGAGAUAUCUCUUAGGGUACGUUUUAUUUAACGUUUGCGACGCUCAUUUUAUUCAUAUCAACAAAUGUUAAGGAUAAAAUAACGCACGCGAGCGUUGCAAAAGUUAAGGACGAAACGUAUUCUUAAUGAAAGUUAUAGGGCGAAAACAUCAUUACAACAUUUACUCAGCGAGUAGUGACAAUG